UGUUCGGGGCGGCGGGGGCGCUGGUGGCGCUGGGGCUGUGGGACGUCUUCUUCGGCUUCGAGGAGAACCGCUGCCGCAUGAGCUACAUGUUCGAGGACCCCGAGUACCAGAAGAUCAAGCUUCCCAAGAAGCUGAGCCGCCGCUUCCCCGCCUACGAGCUCUACCUGUACGGCGAGGGCAGCUACGCCCGCCGCAACAAGAAGCUGCAGCUCGCGGGCGUCCCCGUCCUCUUCCUCCCCGGCAACGCCGGAAGCUACAAGCAAGUGCGAUCGCUGGGCUCCGUCGCCCUCCGCAAGGCCGAGGACAUCGACUUCAAAUACCACUUCAACUUCUUCAGCGUCAACUUCAACGAGGAGCUGGUGGCCCUCUACGGCGGGAGCCUCCGCAGUCAGACGAGGUUCGUGCACGAGUGCAUCAAAGUCAUCCUGAGACUCUAUAAGGGUCAGGAUUUCGCCCCGCGGAGCGUGGCCAUCGUGGGCCACUCGAUGGGCGGCCUGGUGGCCCGCGCCCUGCUCACCCUCGACCACUUCGAGCCCGAGCUGCUCAACCUGUUGAUCACCCAGGCCGCCCCUCACGCCGCCCCCGUCGUGCCCCUCGACCGCUACCUCACCGACUUCUACGUGGCCGUCAACUCCCACUGGGCGCGGAGGGGCCGGGACGUCCAGAACCUGACGGCGCUGUCGGUGGCCGGCGGCUUCCGCGACUACCAGGUCCGCUCGGGCCUGACCUUCCUGCCCACGUCCGCCCGGCACGGCGGCGCCUUGUCCGUCGUGAGCUCCGCCGUGCCGAGGACCUGGGCCUCGACGGAUCACCUCUCCAUCGUCUGGUGUAAGCAGCUGAUCCUCGCCACCGUCCGGGCCUUCUUCGACCUCGUCGACGCGGACACCAGACAGAUCACGGCGGACCCCCGGAAGAGGCUGUCGGUACUCAACCAUCACUUCGUGCGCCAUCCGGCCAAGCCGUUCCAGGACGAGCCCGACGUCGUCGCCGAGCUGCCCGGAGAGGCCGCGUGGAUCCGCGUAAAAGUUCCCCGGUGGACCUACACGGUGCUCAACGAGUCGGAUGAGAAGUACUUUUUAUUCCCGCUCGCCGGCCACAGAGGAUCCUCCAGUCACGUCUACUGUCAGAACAGCCUCUUGGACACCAGAAGCUGGAUUUUCGGCUGCCGUAACGGUGGUUCUUCCUGUCUGGAAGGUAUCGAUCUGUCCUGGAAAGCGGAACUGCUGCCGACGGUUAAGGCCGUCCGGCUGAAACUCCGAGAUUAUCCGGCGUUGUCCCACCUCGUGCUGCACGUGCCCGCCCUCGACGGGAAGAAGUUUACCGUGGACUGUGAGUUCUUCAGGGAAGACCAGAGGACCAGCCAGCUGCCCGUAACUCAUCUCUUUUCUCUCGGACUGUCUUGGAGGACGAUCGUGCCGAAUUCCACCGGCCUGCUCCAUCGCGUCGAGCUCCUCGACUUCGGGCAGAUCUACCAGGCCUUCAGAAUCAACGUGGUGAGCAGCUGCCCGCCGGCCCCAGAAAGGAGACCUAACAUCUAUCGCCUUCAUAUUCCUUGGUCCCACGAAGAUUCGCUCACCCUCUCCAAAGCCCCCUCUUCGACGGACCUCUCUGCGAAGCUGCACGUCGCCCGGCCGGAGAACGGCAGCGGGCCGGCGGUGCUGGAGAUGUACACCUCGGCCGAUUGCCGGUACCGGGUGACGAUUAAGACGUCAUUUCCUCAAGUCCUGGGCCAGGUCAUCCGUUUCCACGGGGAAUCUCUUCCCGCCUACAUAAUCGCCAGCAUCCUCCUGGGCUACGGAGGACAGCUCAGCUCCCUUCUUUCAACGGGCCGGUGCGGCCACUUGGGCGCGGCGCUGCAGAGGACGGCCAGACCCUACAAGGUGGAGCCCGUGGUCCACGGCCUCAACUUCCUGCUGGGAUUCGGCUGGUUCCGCGAGGCCUGGGAGGCGACGCUGCUCCCGGAACCGGACGUGAUCCCGGCCAGCGCCGGCGGGCUCCGCGUCCCGCUGGUGUCGCCCGUCCUCUUCCUCUUCGGCACGGCCUUGGCCUACUGGGGUCACGCACUGGGCGCCGCCUCGCUGCGCCUCCUCGCCUCGGCCCGCCCGGCCCUGCCCGGACGGAUUCCCGUUACCGUCGGUGGGGGGCUCGGAAGGGCGGUGACCCGGGUGUCUUUCAGGUGGUCGGCCCGGCCGCGGGGGCCGGGGCCGGCGGGCGCGGCCUGCGGGGUCCUGGUCCUGGUGCCGGUGGGCUGGACCGCGUGCGGAGCGGUCGCCCUCGUCCUCGCCGGCCUCCUCUACGCGCUCCGGGUGAUCCACCUGCACUCCGUCACCCGAACCCCGAGAAGUGGCCUUAAUGUGACGCCGGGAGGCGCGGCCGGAGGCGGGGAAGCCGCGGGCCUCGUCCGAGAAGCCACCGAGAACGGCGGGUCCGGGCCAGAGCCCCCCGCCGAGGCCGAGGCCGAGGACAGCCUGAGGAUGCACGUCACGGCUCUGCACUUCCUCGCCUGGAUCGUGCUGCUCAGCGCGCCCUCUUUAAUUUACUGGUUCAGAAAUCUCAGGUACAGCAUUCAGCUGGAUCCCGAUCCCUGUAAACCUCUGGCUCUUAUCCUGGUUCCGACGGUGGGGAUUCUCAUGAAUUCCAGCGCUGCCUCAGUGAGAUCCAGCAAGUUCCUGAAGAUGGCCGCCAGAGUCCCGCCCGUUCUGUCGGUCGCCACCGUGGCCUUCGGCGCGGCGCACCUCUACCGCGUCCCGUACCUGGCUAGCGUCCCGCUGGUCCUCCACGCCCUGUGUAGCGUGGUGUGACCGCCCCCCUCCCCGCCCCCCCCUUCCUUCCCCGCCCCGGGGGCCGAGGAGGGACCGUCGCCUUCGGACGUUCACGGGACCGGGGUCGGGGCGGCCCCCCGGGAGGAGAGCCGGCCCCCCCGCCCGGCGCCCGAAGACGUCCCCGCCGCCUCGCUCGGCGUCUCUCGGCCUCGGUCCGUGUCUCCGUCCGUCCCCGUCCGUCCGGGUCUCUCCGGGGACGCCCCGGCCCGGGCGGGGCGGCCCCGUCCCCUUCCCGUCUGCCACGGCGUUUCCCUCCGGUCGCUGCGGAGCUGGGAGGCGGGGAGGAGGGGCUUUCCGUCCGUUCGUGCCCGAGAAAUCGGGGGACCGGGGCGGGGGCCCGGUCCCCCCCCCCCGAAGCGCUCCGUGAAUGAUCCGGGGAGGGACGGUCGGGUCCGGGAGCGUCGUCUCCCGGCGGCGUUCGGCCCCUCCGUCCCGCCUCCCGGGAUUGGCGAGCGGGGC